AUGUCGUCUGCAAUGAUCAAGAUCGCUGAGCUAGAGGCGGAAUAUGCACGUACACAGAAGAAUAAAGCAACAAUGAAGCAUCUGUGUUUACUAAAGGCAAAAAUUGCCAAAUUACGACGUGAAAUGACGGAUGCAGGCUCCAAGUCUGGCGGUGGUACGGGCGAAGGUUUUGACGUGAAUAAAGUGGGUGAUACACGCGUGGGGCUUGUGGGAUUUCCUUCUGUUGGCAAGUCAACACUCUUGACUAAACUAACAGGAACUUUCUCAGAGGCCGCUUCUUAUGAGUUUACAACGCUUACGGCUAUCCCUGGCACGCUCAAUUACCGGGGUGCACGCAUCCAGAUCCUUGACUUACCUGGUAUUAUUGAAGGUGCUAAGGAUGGCAAAGGAAGAGGACGACAGGUCAUUGGUACAGCACGGACCUGCAAUGUGAUUCUUAUUGUGCUCGAUGCCAUGAAACCUGCGACUCAUAAGAAACUUAUUGAAUUUGAGCUCGAGGGGUUUGGCAUUCGACUAAACAAGAAGCCGGCCAAUAUGGUGUUUCGGCGCAAGGAACGAGGAGGUAUUCACUUUCAGACCACUUGUCCGCAAAGUGAACUAGAUGCCGACAUGGUGUCCCAGAUUUUGCACGAGUACAAGAUCCACAAUGCCGACGUGACGCUGCGCGCGGAUGUAACGGUGGAUGAAUUUAUCGAUCAGGUUGAAGGAAAUCGCGUAUAUAUUCCGUGUCUAUAUGUGCUGAACAAGAUCGAUCAGCUUACGAUCGAAGAGCUUACGAUUAUCGACCAGAUUCCGCACAACGUAGUGAUUUCGGCACACCAUGGCUGGAACUUGGAUGAGCUACUAGAGACAAUCUGGGACUACUGCCACAUGAUUCGCAUCUACACGAAGCCUAGAGGUCGACUGCCGGACUAUAACGCGCCUGUUAUUCUGCACGAGGAGUCACCGACAGUGGAGAACUUUUGUCAGCGCAUUCACAAGUCGUUGUUGAAGGAUUUCAAGUACGCCUGGGUUUGGGGAGCGUCAUGCAAGCAUCAGCCGCAGAAGGUGGGCAAGGAACAUUUGCUGCAAGACGAAGAUAUUGUACAGAUUGUCAAGAAAGUGUAA